AUGACUUCGAAACCAUCCACUAGUGACGGUAGGGCUCACUCGAUUUCUCAUGUAUCCGGCAUGGGCAUGAAAGGAACGUCGACAUCGCACAGCCCCAGACCUUUUAGACCUUGCGCAGACUGCACAUGUUCUCCAGGUUUACUAUCGAGGCAAGGUCGUAGGGCCUCUUUAUUUCUAAGGCAACUGGAAAAUUCAAGGAGGUCGUCCAGUAUGCUAUUUAACGAAUUGAAAGGUGCUGGCGCGGGCAGUAGUGCUGGAAAUGGGUCUGUUUACUCAUGUGACUCAUUAUGUGCCGUUAACAGAGAAGUUAACACUACUGAUAGACUGUUGAAAUUGCGUCAAGAGAUGAAGAAACAUGAUUUGUGUUGUUACAUAGUACCCAGUUGUGAUGAACAUCAGUCCGAAUAUGUAUCUUUGCGAGAUCAAAGGCGCGCUUUCAUUUCAGGGUUUUCUGGAUCAGCAGGCGUGGCUUGCAUAACUAGAGAUUUGUUAAAUUUCAAUGACGACCACCCAGAUGGAAAAUCCAUUAUGAGCACAGAUGGCAGAUAUUUCAACCAAGCCAGGCAAGAACUGGAUUAUAACUGGACGCUUUUGAGACAGAAUGAAGACCCAAUCACCUGGCAAGAAUGGUGCGUUAGAGAAGCAUUGGAAAUGGCUAAGGGACUCGGCAAUAAAGAAGGACUGGUGUUAAAGAUAGGUAUUGACCCCAAACUUAUCACUUUCAACGAUUACGUUUCGUUCAAUAAAAUGAUUGACACUAAAUAUAACGCGAAGGGCAAAGUGGAGCUUGUGCCCGUGGAGGAAAAUUUGAUUGAUAGUAUUUGGUCUGAUUUCGAAACUUUGCCCGAAAGGCCUUGUAAUGAUUUACUGUUGUUGAAGUACGAGUUCCAUGGUGAAGAUUUCAAGGACAAGAAGAAAAAGUUACUGUCAAAGCUAAAUAACAAAUCUUCGUCUACAGCAACCCCUACAAAGACUUUUAUAGUCGUUGCAUUGGAUGAAAUAUGUUGGUUGCUGAACUUGCGUGGAUCUGAUAUCGAUUAUAAUCCUGUGUUUUUCUCCUACAUUGCCAUUAACGAAGACAAGACCAUUCUGUUCACGAAUAACCCAUUUGGCGAUGAAAUAUCGGAAUAUUUUAAAAUAAAUGGUAUUGAAGUCAGGCCUUAUGAACAAAUAUGGCAGCAUUUGACGAAAGUCACUGUCCAGGCCACCCCAGAGCACAAAUUUUUGGUUCCUGAUGGUGCAUCCUGGCAGAUGGUUCGCUGUUUGAACAUCCCAAACGAUACUGAUCACGAGGGAACUAGUAAGAUGGCUUCACUAAACUAUUUAAUGAUUCAUUCACCCAUUGAUGUUUUGAAAUCUAUCAAGAAUGAUAUCGAAAUAAAAAAUGCUCGCAAAGCGCAGGUCAAAGACGCAGUAUGUCUAGUUCAGUAUUUUGCAUGGUUAGAGCAGCAACUAGUUGGGCGGGAAGCGUUGAUAGAUGAAUAUCGCGCCGCAGAAAAACUGACAGAGAUCAGGAAAACUCAAAGGAACUUUAUGGGGAAUUCUUUUGAAACAAUAUCGUCUACCGGUAGUAAUGCUGCUAUCAUACAUUAUUCACCACCCGUGGAGAACUCAUCGAUGAUUGACCCUACAAAGAUAUAUCUUUGUGAUUCCGGCUCGCAAUUCUUGGAAGGUACCACGGAUAUAACGAGAACCAUCCACUUAACAAAACCAACAAAGGAGGAGAUGGAUAAUUACACACUGGUGCUUAAAGGUGGGCUAGCUUUGGAAAGAUUGAUUUUCCCUGAAAACACUCCCGGAUUCAACAUCGACGCCAUCGCUAGGCAGUUUUUAUGGUCCCGUGGGUUGGAUUACAAACACGGUACAGGCCACGGUAUCGGAUCGUUCUUAAACGUUCACGAGGGUCCGAUGGGUGUCGGGUUUAGACCACAUCUGAUGAAUUUCCCCCUAAGAGCGGGCAACAUCAUAAGCAAUGAGCCCGGAUACUACAAGGAUGGUGAGUACGGUAUCCGAAUCGAAAGCGACAUGUUGAUUAAGAAAUCUGCCACGAAGAGUAACUUCUUGAAAUUUGAGAACAUAACAGUAGUGCCAUAUUGUAGAAAACUGAUCAACACCAAGUUGCUAAACGAAGAGGAAAAAACUCAGAUCAAUCAGUACCACGCAAGGGUAUGGAGAACGGUGGUGCACUUCCUGCAGCCUCAGAGUAUUUCUUACAAGUGGCUGAAAAGAGAAACAAGUCCAUUAUAA